AUGACGGGAUUUAUUCACAAUACUGGAGAACUUUUCCUGAUGGAAGAAAAACAUAAUUAUUUCAAAUCCACAGGAUGUUUUUUUUCAAAGGAUUAUGAGGGAACAAUUUUCGAUGAAGAUGUUCGCAAAAGACAUUUCGACAUGAGAUUAACGAUUUUAGAAGAACUAAUACAGGAAAAGAACUUUUCAUAUUGUGCGAGACCUGGUUCAUUUGAAGUUUCAGAUAUUAAAAAAAACGAAUACGCCAACGACGGUCUGAUUUUCACACCAAAUGACUUUGUCGGUGGCAAUUAUCUAUAUAUUGACUACAUUGAUAAACCAAGAUAUUUUGUCCAGUCAGGAUUUCAAUUCCAGAAACUAUUGAAGUGGAAAGACCCCCUAUUCAAUACAAUUGAUUUCAAAAUACAAAUUGAAGAUAACACACAUGAAUUCUCUACGCAAACUAUGUGUGGACUUGUUAUGAAAAAAAAAAAAAUAUGUAGACUAUUGGUACUAUACAUUGACUCUAACACGAGAAAAGCAGUCAUGCAGGCGUUUGAUGAAAGUGGAUUUGUCAAAUUACCUUUAAUCAAUGGAGAGUUACAAUGCUGGAAUGGAGAUAUAAUCCAUGAUGGAAAUAUAGUUGAAAUGUCUUUCGCCGAAGAAAAAUGGAAACCAAUGCGAGUAAGACACGAUAAAAAAAAUCCAAAUCAUUAUAAAACCGCCAUUGAUAUUUGGAACUCGUACAAAGAACCGGUUACAUAUGACAUGUUGACUGAAAUCUAG